GUAGUCAAUGUGCCUAAUAAUGGAUCCCAAUUGUUGUCUAUCAAUAAAACAUUAUUAUAUCCAUGUAAACCCUUAACAAUUGGUCAAUCAAAAAGUCAACUGGGUUCAAUUGUCAACAAUAGGGUUGGCCAUUGUGUACCCAAACGUGAAUGCUGUCAACUAAAGGACUGGUCAUACAGUGUUGACCAUACAGAUAGUGGUGGCGGUGGUGGUGGUGAUGGCGAUCAACAGUUUGUUUCAGAUGACUGUCCCCAUCAAUCGCACCGGUAUUGUUGCAUAUAUCGUAUUUUAUGCCAAAGCUGUCCCGACGGUACCCGAGAAACUAACAGCACAUGUGUGGACAUUAAUGAAUGUAUUGAAACAUACGGUCUAUGUUCGGGCCAUACCUGUAUCAAUCAAUUUGGUAACUAUAGCUGUAAAUGCAAUGAUGGCUAUCGGCAAACAAACAAAUCAAAUAUAUGUAAAAUCAUUCAAUCGUCCAAUAGGACUGACCUCAUAUUUUCGGCAUCCCUUACCAUUAACUCUGUACCACUUAAUAAUGGUUGGUUGAGGACAGGUAUGCUAAAUAACGAUAAUACCGAUGACAAUGAGGGACAACCACCCGACAUAACAAUGGUCUAUAGCGGUACACUUGUACCGCAAUCGCUUGACUACAGUCUGGCCGGUAACUAUCUAGUCUGGACCGAUAUGGCACUCCGGGUUAUAAUAAUGGCACCCAUGGAUAUCAGACGGCCAUCACUGGUACCCGAACGUACUGUCCUCAGACACAGCCGUCAUCCAUCAUCUCUAUCCGUUGAUUGGCUAAACAAUCUACUCUAUUGGCUAGAUUUGGACAGUCGUACCGUAAACGUACUAAACAUUAUCAAACCGUUUGAUUACUAUAGACUGGUAACACUUGAUGGUAGUGGUGGCGAUCAACACCAUCACCAACAACAGGAACCACAGGAACUGGUAGUCAAUGUCCUAACCAGUCGACUACUAUGGACUCAAUUGGGUUAUAGGCCACAGAUUAUUCAGUCACUACAGGACGGAACCGAUCAGUCGGUUAUCUAUGAAAACGAUAGACAAAUAUUCAGUUUGACUAUCGAUGUCUUUAUCAGACGAUACUAUUUUCUGGACAUUGAUUUUACAUUAACAUCCAUUAGUUUUGAUGGAUCAGAUGAAAAACAGAUAUACCGUUCCCAACAUCUGUUCAAUGGUGUCAACUCAUUGUCAAUACUUGACGAUGAUGUCUAUGUGUCGACCAGUUCACGGAUCUAUCGGCUGAAUAAGUUUGCUGCCAAUAAUGGCGACCACAACCACCACCACAACAACAACCGAUUCGGUAGAUAUAGAGGUCAAGCAUUGGUCACAACAACUGCUUCGGCCAGUAGUCAUAAUAAUAAUAAUAAUACAUAUAUUUUCGGUAACAGUAGUCGUUGUCAACGAAAACAGUUAUAUAAUGUUAAAGUUGUCGACCAGAGAUGUCAACCGAAACAUUUAGCCAGAAAUCUAUGUCUUCGUAGCCAUUGUUCACAUAUAUGUCUGCCGUUAUCAUCGAUGGUCGGCAAUGAUGACCAUCAACUGUAUCGUUGUCUAUGUCCAGCCAAUAUGAUUUUGGUCAACAACAAUAGUCAAUGCAUGGAUGUACCGGUAGCCGAAUCGGUGGGCGUGUUCGGACGGGAACGGGAUCUACAAAAACUAGUUGAUUUGCGUCUACUAUUGUUGUUGAAUGCAUCGACACUUGACUAUCACAUGGAUAUUAAAGAUUUAUUUCAGGUAAAGCCAGGCCUUCAUGGAGUAGUCAACGCCGAUAUACAGCCCGUCAAGUAG